AUGAGCGCCCUAGGUCGUGUCCGCAUCGGCCACAAAGCCCCAGAUUUCCACUGCGAAGCCGUCGUCAACGGUGUCAUAUUAGAGGUAUCCCUAAGCACCUACAUUCACUCUCCCUCCUCCUCCUCUGCUACCAGCCCCCCAUCCGCCACCACUUCCUCUGACACCUCCCCUUGGCUCCUCAUCCUCUUCAUCCCCACCGCCUUCUCCUUCGUGUGCCCAACCGAAGUCCUCGCCUUCCAAACCUGCCUCUCAGAAUUCCAAUCCCGCAACUGCAACCUCGUCUUCAUAUCCGUCGACACCAAGCACUCUUUGUGGCACUGGCAAAACGUGCCGCGCCAGUACGGCGGUUUGGGCAAAGUAGACAUCCCCCUGCUCAGAGACGCAAACCAACGCAUCGCCCGUGACUACGGUGUCCUCGUCGAAGAAGAAGGCGUCACCCUCCGCUGCGCAUUUCUAGUCGACGGUGGCGGUGUUGUCCAACAAAUCACCCUAAACAACCUCACCGUAGGCCGAAGCGUGUUGGAAGCCCUUCGUCUGCUGGAAGCUUUUCAAGCCGUGGCGAAACAUGGGGUUCUGUGUCCUGUGGAUUGGAAACCCAAUGAUCAUGCGAUGGAGACGAUAAGCACGAUUUCUGGGACCUUGACGGAGAGUUAUGAGGAGAGGUUGUAG